AGAGAGAGAGAGAGAGUGGGAGUCGGUGUCUCUCUCUCACCGUCAGGUCUCUGUCUCUGUCUUUUCUUUUUUUCUUGUCUCUGAAACUUUCCCACAUUCGACACUUGGACCAUAAAAGGACACAGAGAUCCGUGACCCGCGACUCAAUCAGCAGUUUAUCCCCGAGGAGGAGCUCCCCCCGGCCGGCCGCGGGCUGUCUGACCGUCCGGAGACACCGAGCUGACCCGGACCUCCACCUGCUGCUGCUCCGCGCGCCUCCCGCGCAAACCGACCCGGCACGAGCGCUCCUUCUCAGCCACGGGAUUUAACUCUGGACGAAGCGUCGUCACUGUCGGUUUUCACGGACUUUAACCGAACAAAUCACGGAUUUUUUUAGACGUUUCGGAGCCGUGAAAACCGCGAAGCUUCAACUGAGGAGAAAGACUCAGAAAACGAUCAUUAACUUCUGUUUUUGCUCCAAAAUCUCCGAAAGUAAACGAGUAAAAUCGGUGAAUUAACGGUACCGUGGAUCCACAUUAGUUUUUACAGUCAUACUGUCAUUAAAAACCCGGUUCUUCUCCGAACCGACAGCCACCAUGAGUCUGUGGACUAACGACUCCUCCGUGGAUCUUUACGCCGGCUCGCAGCCCCCGCUGCCGGGCUCCAACUUCUCCUCCAACCGCACAGACGGCUCCCAGCACCGCGGCCACCACGGCGCCGCCCCGCUGGACCUGACCCGGGCGGUGCCGGUGGGCAUGGUGCUGGCCUCCUUCAUCAUGUUCGCCAUCGUGGGGAACAUCCUGGUGAUUCUGUCGGUGGUUUGUAACCGACACCUGCGGAUCCCGACCAACUACUUCAUCAUCAACCUGGCCAUCGCGGACCUGCUGCUGGGAACCACCGUGCUGCCGGUGUCCGCCACCCUGGAGGUCUUGGAUUACUGGGUGUUUGGUCGGAUCUUCUGUGACAUCUGGGCGGCGGUGGAUGUGCUGUGCUGCACGGCGUCCAUCAUGUCUCUGUGCGUCAUCUCCAUCGACCGUUACAUUGGCGUCCGCUACCCGCUGCAGUACCCGACCAUCGUCACAGAGAAGCGGGCACUGCUCGCCAUGCUGGGGGUCUGGAUCCUCGCCAUCGUCAUCUCCAUCGGCCCGCUGCUGGGCUGGAAGCAGCCGCCGUCACAGGAUGACACCACCUGUCAGAUCACAGAGGAGCCGUUCUACACCCUCUUCUCCUCCCUGGGCUCCUUCUACAUCCCGCUGGCCGUCAUCCUGGCCAUGUACUGCCGCGUCUACGUCGUGGCCAAACGCACCACAAAGAACCUGGAGGCCGGCGUGAUGAGGGAGCGGCAGGAGGACUCCAACGAGCUCACCCUGAGGAUCCACUGCAGGAACCAGCAGGUCCACGAGCUGUGCCCGGGGGCGUCGGCCGGACGCAGCACGCUCUCCGUCAAACUGCUCAAGUUCUCCAGAGAGAAGAAGGCCGCCAAGACGCUGGGCGUGGUCGUGGGCAUGUUCAUCCUGUGCUGGCUGCCCUUCUUCCUGGUCCUGCCCCUCGGCUCGUUCAACAGCAGCCUCCGUCCUCCUGAAACCUUCUUUAAAGUGAUUUUCUGGUUGGGAUACUUCAACAGCUGCCUGAACCCCAUCAUCUACCCCUGCUACAGCCGCGAGUUCAAACAGGCCUUCAUCCGGAUCCUGCGGUGCCGGUGGAAGAGGAGGCGUCAGUGGCAGGCGUACUAUAACUACCGCUGCCAGCAGGGCUCCAACACCUCGUCCUUCCUGAACGGCAGCCAGCAGACGCUGUCCUCCGUCAGCCCCAGCCCGCGCUGCGUCGCCUCCAGGCUUCGCCCCCCGCCCUGGCCCUCCGCCUCCUCCGCUGACCGAGACCUCCUCCCGGGGUCGGCGGGGAGAGGGCGACCGGGCCCGGUGUCCCCGCUCGCUAAGGAUGCUGGGACGGUGCCGCAGGCGGUAAUGAACGGUCGGAGAGAAGAGCGGCACGGAGCCGGUGCGGGAACGCCGCCGUCUAAACUGUGAGGAGUGGGAGGCGCUGACGGACACACCUGCUUCCUCAGGAAGGACGCACAGGUAUUACCGCUGACAUCACAGAGAGCUCUGUCCACUCAGGUGUGAUGAUUGUAUCUGUCAGGAGGUUACGACUGUUCCCGCCUCCUGCUCAGCCUUAAUAAUACACCUGAGGAACAGGGCGGAGCCUCUCACCUGGAUCAGCGGUUAACUGUAGGAAAACAUCACAACAUCACAAGGUUUCACCUGGUGGUUCCUGCAGAUCAGGACCGCCCACUGCUCUGAAGUUUUCCUCCACAGAACACACAGGUGAACCACAACCUUCACUAUAAAUCAGCACAAACAAACACAGAAGUAAAACUGUUGAUGCUAAAGAUUCUUCUGAAAACAGAAUCACAACAAACCUCAACUUUAAACUUCUGUAACAGUAGAAUAUUAGAACCAUAUAUUUACCUGGUUUCAUGUAAUCUACUCUCUUAAAGGGGCAGUCGGGUUCUGGACUAAGUCUGUUGAUGUUUGAACUCAACAGUUAAAUAUAUACACCCCUCCCCUCAGUGCUCCUUCAGAAGCUCCGCCCCAAAAACUAACACCUGGGCUAGCUGACCAAAAGAGAAAUAUGGCAGAAUCCAGGGUGUAAAACAUCAACAAACACACAAACAGUGACAGAGGAGAGGACUGUAGGUUUGUAGCUAAGCUAACAAGGAAGCUAACGUUGCCUAGUAUAACAUUUCAAAUUCAUCCACCCAAACAAAUCCACCGAGCGAACUUCUGUCUUUAGGUCUUUGUGUCUGAAAUGACAUGUUGUACUGAUAAACACCAUGAAACCACCAGACAGCUAACUGUGGCUACAGCUGCUGCUACGCUAACAUGCUGAGAGGACCAGAUGGUUUCCAUAGCAACACACAACCACAACUCUCCUGCUGUUACAGCUAACAUCACACCAACACCAGUUGGUGUGAUGUUAGCUGUCACAACCAUUAGCAAACAAGACAAAACAAAACUGACCUAGUGUCAAAGCUAAUGUUACGGAACAACCUCUGCCUCCGUGUCCGUCCCUCUCUCUGACAUCUGUCCUGACCUCUCCUCAUCUCUCCGUCUGGACCGUGAUGUGAAGUUCACCACGUUAGCACCAGAUUACCUCCUCACUGCCCCCCCCCCUUCUUCUUUCCCUGCUGCUGUGUGUGAGCGCCCCCUGCUGCUGAUGGUCUGUGGAGGAACACCACCAUGGACCACGAGGAGAUAUUCACUGAAUUUGACUCAAUCAAUGAUUAAUGAUUAAAAAGUUCCUACAAUUAGAAUAAAUGAAUUAACAGGAAACUAAACAGAGAAAAGUAUAACCAUAAACCUAAAAUGGAAAUUUAAAAGUCAAAUCAUUUUCAGUUAAUUACAGAUGGUUUUUUUUUCAUAUUUAUUUAUUGGCAUGUUAAUUUCUUUCUUUCUUUCUUUCUUUUUUGCUAAAGUGUGAAAGAAAAUGGAGCGAGAGCGUUCAUGAAAAAAGUUCAUUCAAAAGUCAGGAAAAGAAAUUCAAAAACUCAAACUGAAAAGAAAGCUUAAUAAUAAAAAAAAGUAUGAAUGUGAAAUUAAUUUUAAAGUUGAUUUUUAAAGUUGAAUAUUUUACAUCAACAAACUGUCAGUUCUUGCUGGUGAGUGAGCUAACAAGCUAAUGAACUAUAAACUGCAACAUCAGUUAAGUAAUGUUAGCUUCAAGCUAAACACUAGCUUUACUGUUAGCUCAAACACACUCAAAUACUGCUGAACAAAAUAACGCUCUUAUUUCUUGUUUUCCUUCUGUAUAUUUAUUUGUUUAUGAUGCUAAAGGGCUAAAGACAAUGCUAAAGUUAAAAUUAACUGAAGAAAUUAAAAACAAAAGAAAUAAAAAGUCAACAGGAAACUAAGUUGAAAAAAGAAAAAGACUAAAAUAAAAAACAAAAAAUUUAAAUUAUCUUGAAAUUCACUGUAAUUCUGUAAAUAUGGAGAUUUUGUUUGUUGUUAUUUUUACCGUCUGUCAUUAUUCUGCUGAACGGCAUCAGAAUUCUGUCCUGACAUAUUAAAUAUAAAAUAUUAUUAUUGUAUUAUACUGAAGACUGACACUCUCCUAAUUUAAAAAAUGUUAUGAUUCCUUUUCUUGACAGUAACUUCACGUUUAAUUUCAAUCAUUAUUGUAAUUAAUAUUUAUUAAUUGUCAUAUGCAAAUUGUAUUUUGGUGAAAGCUGUCCUGUCACUGAGCAUACUAGAACUCCUAUUGUGAAAGUGUCCCCUCAGAGAACUCUUAUUGUGAAGGUGUCCCCUCAGUGACCAUAAUAUGACUCUUAUUGUGAAAGUGUCCCCUCACAGGACUAUUGUGUAGGAACUGCACUGACUGUUUUCACAUUCACUUUAAUACAGUGUGAUUACAGCAGCCUCUGGUGGACUUCAGAGGAACUGCAGCUGCUGUUGGUCUGAACUGAUUUUACUCUGAAAAGCUGUUUAAAUGUUUUUGUUUUCUCUUUUGAUGGGGCUAGGCUAACAGUUCAGUCCCCCCUGCUUCCAGUGUUUGUGCUAAGCUAGGCUAACAGUUAAGUUCCCCCUGCUUCCAUUGUUUGUGCUAAGCUAGGCUAACAGUUAAGUUCCCCCUGCUUCCAGUGUUUGUGCUAAGCUAGGCUAACAGUUAAGUUCCCCCUGCUUCCAUUGUUUGUGCUAAGCUAGGCUAACAGUUCAGUCCCCCCUGCUUCCAUUGUUUGUGCUAAGCUAGGCUAACAGUUAAGUUCCCCCUGCUUCCAUUGUUUGUGCUAAGCUAGGCUAACAGUUAAGUUCCCCCUGCUUCCAUUGUUUGUGCUAAGCUAGGCUAACAGUUAAGUUCCCCCUGCUUCCAUUGUUUGUGCUAAGCUAGGCUAACAGUUCAGUCCCCCCUGCUUCCAUUGUUUGUGCUAAGCUAGGCUAACAGUUCAGUCCCCCCUGCUUCCAGUGUUUGUGCUAAGCUAGGCUAACAGUUAAGUUCCCCCUGCUUCCAGUGUUUGUGCUAAGCUAGGCUAACAGUUCAGUCCCCCCUGCUUCCAGUGUUUGUGCUAAGCUAGGCUAACAGCUAGGCUAACCAUGUCCUGGACCCGUCUCUGUGCUGGAGACGAAACUGAAGAUGGAGAAGAUUUCACUGAAUGUCACCGUGUUCCUUUAAAUAAUAAAAAAAAAUAA